UUAUUUAUUGAAGGAGAAUAAUAGCGUAAAAUUUGCGUAUAGUUCUCUCUCGAUUACCGCUUCCAUUCUUGUCUUCAACCUCAUGAAUGGGGGUUGCGACCCUCAUUCAACUGAAGCUCGGAGGGGCUGAAACUUUCCCUAACAACAGAAACAAACACGCAUAAACAAGAGGCAAGCAUAAUCUGCGAUACGAACUGAACAAUUAUUGACAAUCGUUUCAGGUGUCGGUCUGAUAAAUAUGGUGCAGUUCGACGAAGCAAGAAGGUUGAUGGACGAGAUGAUGAGGAUAACGAUUCUUCAGCCGUCCGAGAAACGUCAGAUGCUGGAGGAUGAGCGAAAAACUUUUCUGGAUCCGAAUCUGAUUAUGGAUACAAGGCACAGGAUAUUUCGUGAAGAUAUAGCCAGUUCUUCAGCAAAGUCUUCUGUCCUAGCGAAAGCUAAAAGAUCAUUAAUACAGGAAGAAACAAAGGAACUACAAUUGAAAAGAGAACAAGCUUUUAUAGAAAAAGAAUUACGCAAAUUUGAACAAGACUUAGAAAAGUCUCAUCCUAAAUUUUGUGGACUAUGCAGCAGAAAGAAUAUAGCUAGAUCGGAUGAUGAAAAUUUUUGGAAAACAUCCAGCAGAGUCAAGCGAAUUGUUAUUAAUAAGAAAAGGAACAAAAUAAUUGAACAAAAACCACUCACAAUCACUCGCAAGAAAAUCAAAGAAGCGAUCUCUUCUGCCGAGUCGAAAGAUAUCAAGCGAUGUUCGACAAGCGAGAUCGAUGUAGCAUCUUUCGGUAACAUUAAAGUGACUAUCAAAGAUAAACCAAAUUGCGAAUCGGAAGAGCAACGAUUACAUAUUUUGAGAUCGUGUUUCGAAGCUCUUCGGGAGAAUGCGCGGAAUAAACGCCGUUUGAACGAGAUCUGGACCAACAUCCAGAACAUUUCGUUACGAAGAAAGCUGAAAUCAUAUAUUCAUUUAUGGAAGAUGCACGUAAAGAAGAUGAAAGCUCAGCGAGAACAGGCGGCGGAAAAUUCCGACGUGCGAAAAAUCGAAGUGCUUGUCGAAAAUAUCACCGAGACGCAAAAGAAGUUACAGUCAAGUCAACGAGCAGAAUCAAAGGCUUUUUCCUUAAAUACGAGAGACACCGAAGUGAAGAAGAAAACCACCCCUUCCAAACCGUUCAUCAGCGCCGAGUCGCCAGCACAAUGUCGAUUGAACGCCCAGAAAGAGAUCAUUCGUAAGCAAAGAAUGAAAUUGGCCGAGCAGAGCAAGAUCAUCGAGGAACUAAAAUUAAAGCAAGUGCAGGAGGAAAUUACGAGAUCCAGCGAGGAAACGGUGAAUGCGGCCAAAGAAAUUCUAACUCAUUGCGGUCAGCAGACUAGAAGGACCUUGAUCCAACUAAUGAGACAAGCAGGCUACAGAGACAAAUCCUUGAUGGCGCCAGUACCACGAGUACCGAGUCCUCCUAAAUUUCUUGGAAGGAUGGAGGCGCGGGCGGAAGCGAGGAGAAACAGAGUAAAACUACGCGAAGAAGCGCGUCGAAAGAAACUGGAAGAUGAGAGGAGAAAAGAAGAGGCCGCUAGGAGAGCGGAGGAGCAAGAGAGGAAGAGAUUGCAACAAGAGACCUUGCGCGAAGCGAAAAGAAUGCGCGAGGAACGGGAGCAGCAACGAGCGCGAGAAGUAGAAAGAUGUAAGGAGCUAAAUGCUAUGGCGGAAGCAUUUUAUCGCAAAUAUUUGUUGCGACGUUAUAUAAUGGAACCUUUCAUCGCGCUCGUUGAAGAAAGGAAAAAUGAUAUGAAGAAAGCCCAGGACCAUUACGAGCGAUGCUUACUGCAAAAAGUGUUCGUGAAAUGGAUGAUGGAAACUGAACGUCAGAAUAAAAUUAAAUCUGAAUUAGCUACAUCGUUGUACAACAGAAAUUUAUUGCGGUACGCGUUACAAAAAUGGAGGGAUGCGGCGAUGGAGGAGAAAAGGAAAGAUCAAGUGGCUAGAGAUUUCUACGACAUGAAAUUACAGACCAAAUGGUUUAAAUUGUGGCUGAUAAGAGCUAUGGAAUAUAAAACAGAACGAUUGAAGAAUGAACGUUUAGCUUUAGCACACUAUGAAGAAAAGUUGAAAAUUAAGUAUUUCAAUAUGUGGAAAAAAUAUCCAGAAAUGGUACCGAUUAUCAUGGAGAGCAAGCGAGUAAGAAAUAAAUGGCGGGAGAUCGUGCAAGAAAUAAUUCCAGACUUUGACCCCAGGCAAAGAGGUGUAAUAUUAGAAGACUAGCGUAACGAAUUUAGAAAUAACGUAAUUUUAAUAUUGUACGACAAUCGUGUUGGCCUCGCAUCUGAAUGAGGUAAAGAGUAAUCUUAUUCUUAAAUACAUGUAAGAUAGAGUAACAUCUUUUUACGCAGAAUUAUAUGUAAAUUACUAUUACAUUACAUUUACACGUAUUUAAAUACUUUUUUACUUACUUUAGAGUAUAUGUGUAUGUAUAUGUCUGUGUACGUUUAUUCGUUUUCAUGUAUAGUUUAUUAAUAUAAUUUACUAUAUUACUCGUGGCGAUUUUAUCACAGUUAUAAUAAAUGUACAAAUGGUAUGCAUGAUACAUCAAAGAUGAUGAAUGUAAUAGAUCUCGAUGCCUCAUGAUAUGUCGCUGUCGAAGACGAUUUCAUAAAUAUAACAUUACGCGCGUGUAAUGCAUCUAUUACAUUUUUUUAUAAGUUACGAAUCAUAUAAGGUAAAUGUCCCAGUAAAUGAUGAAACGAUUAAAGCUACAAAUUUA